CGAGACUUGCGUAGUAGUUUUAUGUCAUUCAGAAUGAGAGUAACAGUUGAGAUAACAAAGCAGUAAAAGUAUGUCCGAGAUUUAUUGUCGUGAUUGUUGUCAUUAUUAUUCCGAUCAAAACCUCAAAGUGUUAUGACUUCUUGACUAUGAAUAGUGACAGUAAUUAUUAUUUAAAUUUAAAUAAAAAUAAUAAUCGCAAUAUUUAUUUAUUAUUAAAAUGGCCAUUAAUUGGGGAGAAUUAUUUCCUGGAAGAUGGAGUGGAGUUAUAUUUGUUUCCUACAUGGCAUUAUUUAUCAAUCAAGGAAUUAUCGUAACAUGGUCACAAAGUGAAGGAGAUUAUAAAUAUAAUUUUGUAACUGUUGUACUUUUAACUGAAAUUGUUAAAUUAAUCGUAUCAAUUAUUUUGUACUGCCGCGACAAUAACGCAUCAUUAUUUUUUCAUGAACUAAUAAAAUAUCGUAAGAUAUUUUUACUUUAUAUGGUGCCAUCAUUACUGUACUGUUUUUACAAUAAUUUAUCAUUUGUAAAUUUAGCUGCGUUUGAUCCGACAACAUAUUAUUUGUUGUUACAAUUUCGUGUUGUUAUUACUGGCAUUAUAUUUCAGGUUGUAUUUAAAAAAAAAUUGUCAUCAAAGCAAUGGAUUUCCCUAGUAAUUUUAACUCUUGGCUGUAUGAUGAAACAUAUUGACUUUAAUUUAAGCAGCAGUAGUUUAUUAAAAAACUUCCCAUUGAAUAUAAAUUUAUUCUUCAUUUUUAUACAAACGAUUUGUUCCUGUCUAGCAGGAGUAUACAAUGAAUAUCUUCUUAAAGGCCAGGGCGCAGAUAUUGACAUUUUUUUACAAAAUGCAUUUAUGUACAUCGACAGUAGUAUUUGUAAUAUAUUUUUAUUAAUAGUACAGGGUAACUUCCUAAAAGUAUUUGACGACUUAGGUCCUAGUAUUCUAUUUCAACCAAAGGUUUUAUUAAUAAUAAUAAAUAACGCGGCAAUAGGUAUAAUUACCUCAUUUUUUCUUAAAAAUUUAAAUUCGAUUUUAAAAACGUUUGCCAGUGCCUUAGAACUCGUAUUCACUGCAAUAUUAUGCUGGAUGAUAUUUGGUAUUCCUAUUUAUAUGAACACAAUACUGGCAAUAGCUAUGGUAAGUUAUGCGGUAAUAAUAUACUCACAAAAUCCAGUACAAAAUGUCUCUCCAAAAAUAGAAGUCAAACAUGACAAAGAAGAAGUCGAAGAAUUAAUUGUUUAAUUUAUUUAUUUUUAAUUUAUUAUUCUAGUUAUUUAUUUAUUUUUCACUGAUUAAAGUCAACUGUCCAGUUCCCAGCUCUCACUCUUUUAAAAAUUUGCCGCCUAAUAAAUUUUUUCUGCCAAAUUUUAUGCUCCAUAAAAUUCUUAAAAUUUUUUUUUCAUUUUAAAACAAUAAAAGUUUAUUGCGGAGGCAAUGUUAGAUGAUCUCUACUCUCUACAACUAAUAAAUUAUCUAAAAAUGUUAUCACUGUGUUAAUAUUUGCUUAGAUAUCCGUGGACAAAAUAUCCGCAAGAAAAUAUCCAGUGACAAAAUAUCCGUGCGACAAAAUAUCCAGCAGACAAAAUAUGAGCGGACAAAAAAUCUGUAGACAAAAUAUCCGUAAAAAAAUUCAAUUCUGUCCGUAGAUAUUUUAUUGCACAUACAAAAAAUUCGUGAAAAAAGGGCGCUAUCUUUAACACCAUUUUAUGACGCGUGCCAAAUGCCAAAAGGGCGUAAAAUUUUUUUGUUUUUGGUGUCAAUCGUUUUGUAAACAUGUUCUAAGCCUAAAAAUAAAAAAAAAAUUUCCAAAGCCAAAAGGGCGUAUAUCUUUAGAUACGCCCUUUUGGCGUUAGUAAAAUUUUUUUUCUGCAGACCUUACGUUUGGAACGAUUCUAAAAAGAAUGGUAAAAAAAAUUUUUUAUACGCCCUUUUGGCAUGGAACCCUAUCUAACUGCUGUAAUACGCCCUUUUGGCAUUUGGCACGCAAUGUGUGCACGCAAAGAAUUUUACGGUAUUUUUUACAUAAAAAAUUUAUAGAAAAAUUACUAUGUCAUAGUAACAUGAGGACAGUAUGGAAUUAUUGUACAAAUUACCGAUAACGUAGAAAUUUUUAAAAUACAUCGAACAGAAUUUACAAGGUGCAUUGUAAUUUUGACAAAGCAACAGAUUAAGAAAUUUAAAUUUCUUGGAAAUAAUUACAAUGCACCUUGUAAAUUCUGUUCGAUGUAUUUUAAAAAUUUCUACGUUAUCGGUAAUUUGUACAAUAAUUCCAUACUGUCCUCUUGUUACUAUGACAUAGUAAUUUUUCUAUAAAUUUUUGAUGCAAAAAAUACUAAAAAAUUAUCUGCGUGUGGGUAUAUUUUUGUAAUUGCAAACACGCCAAAUUCGUGAAAAAAGAGCUCUAUGUUUCACACCUAUUUAUGUAUGUAUCAAUUAUAUGUAUUUUCGCAUGAAGUAUUUAAUGAAUUAUAUGAUAAAUGUUUAUAAAAUUUGAUUUUAAUAACUUUCUUCUACUGUUAUUUUAACUAUGAAAAUUUUGAUCUGAUGAAUUCAUAUCUUUGGUAUGUUCAUUUUCAGGAUAUUCUGUCCGUUGAUAUUUUAUUCAUUGGAUAUUAUUUCCGCGGAUAUUUAGUUGCGGAUAUUAUGUCGCGGAUAUGUUGUUACUCAAUCGUUAAUAUUUUAUUAACAGAUUAAAAAAAACUAAGCGUCAGUUAAAAAAAAAAAGCUGAAAUUUAUCUACCAGAUUUAAAAAAAAAUAUCAAAUUUUGUUAAAUAAAUUUUGACUAGAAAUUUUAUUCUUAAAUUAUAAUUAUGAAAAUUUUUUUGUUUAAUUUAAUUAAUAAUUUUAUUGAUUAUUUAUUAAUUCGUUUAUUUAUAAUAUAAAUUAGCUUUUAAUAUAUUAGCUAUCGAGGGCUGUGAUGACGAUUGUGGUUCGAUAAUUAAAAUUGACUUUUGCUCAGUUUUAUUUUUUCUAAAAUGAUACGGUCUAUGACUUUGUUUGUAAAAAUUAUAAUUUAAAAUGUAAAAUUAAUCAGUGGAAAAUUUUUUAUAAAUUAUCGUAUUAUAAAAUAAAAAUAAGUGAGUCUGUAACGAAAUAUCAGUUCAUGCUCCUCAAUUUUUUAUGAAAGUAUUAACUUAGUUGAAUGAAAAUAAAUAAUUUAACAAAGAAGCCGUCUAGUCCGUAAUAAAUUAAAUAAUUAUCUCUUAAAAUAAUUCAGCGACUUGGUUCGAUGAAGAAUGAGCGUUUUGUGUAGCGUAUAGUGAAAUAUAUUGUAAGCUAUGGUUGACUAAAAUAUGAAAAAAAAAUUAGAAAAGGUCUAGUGCAAGAAUUAUCUGGUUGAGUAUAUUUGAAAAAAAUCGGAAGUACACUGAUAGAAAAAAAUACUUUUAUUAAAUAAUAAAAUUUUUGAUCUAAGAAA